AUGAAAGAAAGUAAAAGACCUGAAAUUCAGCAAAAUUUAGUUGACACUGUAGAAAUUUCAAGUUCAAAAGAAGAAUCUAUAUCUUCACCUCAUUCAAUACAAGAUUCAGAAACAAAAGAAAACGUUAGUAAUAAAACGCAGACAGAAGCUUCUAGGAUAGGUCAACUUGGAAAUCAGGGUUCAAAAUUUGAUAACGGACUUUUUGUCAACGGUUACAUAGACAAUACUCCUGUAGACUUUCUCAUUGACAGUGGAUCAACAGCUACAUUAAUUUCAAAAUCAGUUUUUGACAAAUUAGGCAAUCAAACUUUACAAGUAGGAAGCACUCAGAUACAGGGUGUAGACGGUUCUCAGAUAAAGGUGUUUGGACGUGACAACUUUGUCAUAAGAUUAGGAGAUGUGUCUAUUGAACAUAAAGUUAUUGUUUGUGACAUGGCUAUGGACGGAAUCAUAGGCCAAGACUACAUACUUAAGCAUGUUAAGUAUUGGGAUCUGGACAAUCUCCAACUGAAACUGAGGUCAGGUCAAAGCAUCCAAUGUAUCACGAAGGGCGAAGCAGAACGCGUUUGUAGAAUCAUUGUCAGUGAGAAGGUAGAACUGCCACCUAAUUCAUACAGCUACAUUAAGUUUGUAAGUCUCAUCGAAGGCGUUGUAGACCCACAUGCAAAUGAAAUCGGUGUAGGUGUUAUCAACACAGAUGAUGAACCUACAGUAUUAAACCCAGGUUUAGGUCUUGGUUUCUGCAAAUCGUCCUAUGAAGAAUGCGAAGAUGAAGUAAUUAGCUGUGCUAACAUCAACGAGGGUAGUCCAGUAGAUAGUAAAAAUGCAGUCGUUCCUGAACACUUAACAGAACUGUUUAAGAAAAGUUCAAUUCAUUUAAAACAGGACGAAAAAUUCCACCUUGCCUCACUCCUGAACAAAUACGAAAAUAUUUUUGUUACAUCAAGUGACGAACUAGGUUGUACUGACAGAGUAAAACACAAGAUAUACACAGGCGAUGCUCAUCCAGUGAAGCAAGCUCCUAGACGUCAACCAAUAGGUAAAAGGUCGAGUGAGAAAGAAGAGGUAAUUCGUAUGUUGAAGAAAGGUAUAAUCGAACCGUCGAAUAGUGAAUGGUCGUCGCCAGUGGUUUUAAUCACCAAGAAAGAUGGUUCUACUCGUUUCUGUGUGGACUAUCGGAAGUUAAACGCUGUUACAAAGGUCGAUGCUUAUUAA